CGGCUCUCGCGAGACUUGCCGGGAGUCAAAGCGCGGGGGCCGGCCGUGAGGAAAAGCUGGAGCUGCGGGUGGGGAACAUGUCGGAGUCCGACCUCGGCAAGAAGUGGGACCGGUGCAUGGCAGAUACGGUCGUGAAGAUAGGUACUGGUUUUGGACUAGGAGUUGUUUUCUCACUUACCUUCUUUAAAAGAAGAACGUGGCCGUUAGCCUUUGGUUCUGGCAUGGGACUAGGGAUGGCCUACUCCAACUGUCAGCAUGAUUUCCAGUCUCCAUAUCUUCUACAUGGAAAAUAUGUAAAAGAGCAGGAGCAGUGACUACACGGAGCAGAGAGCACCCCCUCGGGAGGAAGAGAAUCGCGUUUAUUCCUCAGGAAUACUGAAGUGCCCCGGAGCGAGCUGACCUCUCUCUGUCACCAUGCUGUCGGCCGUGCUUUAACUCCAGCACACCAUUUGUGUAUUUGAAACCAAGUCUGUCUCUCGUUUUGUAUUUUCUCUCUGGAAAUUGUAAGGAGGUGGUCUUCAGAGAAAUAAAUUAAGCAAAAAUGGG